AAAAUACUCAGCAGCCCCUGGAGAGAAAACGUUGAGUGAAGCAGCUGAUGAGGUCAUCAGUGCGCGCCGCAGGAGCCCGAGAAAAAUCGAGAAAAACCUGGGAGCGCGGAACUCGGCGGUGGGAAGCAGGAGGUCCGGAGGAUACGGCGGUUUGGAUCUACUAGACACAAGCAAUGGAUAUCCGACCUAAUCAGACAAUUUAUAUUAACAACGUUAAUGAUAAAGUUAAAAAGGAAGAGCUGAAGAGAGCAUUAUAUGCACUGUUUUCUCAGUUUGGUCAAAUAAUUGAUAUUGUAGCAUUGAAGACUAUGAAAAUGAGAGGACAAGCAUUUGUAAUUUUUAAAGAGAUAACGUGCGCCACAAGUGCUUUACGGCAGUUACAAGGAUUUCCAUUUUAUGGCAAGCCUAUGCGCAUUCAGUAUGCAAAAACUGACUCCGAUAUAAUUUCAAAAAUGAGGGGCACCUUUGCUGAUAAAGAAAAGAAAAAAGAAAAGAAAAAGGCUAAGACCCAAGAACAAGCUGCAGCAAAUAAAAAAGCUAAUCAGGGAACAGCACAGAUGGCAACUUCAAACUCUAACCAGACUACCUCCUCAGCAAAUCAGGUACCAGACAAUCCACCCAACUAUAUUCUAUUCCUCACUAAUUUGCCUGAAGAGACCAAUGAGAUGAUGUUGUCCAUGCUGUUUAAUCAGUUCCCUGGUUUCAAAGAGGUGCGUUUAGUACCUGGCCGACAUGACAUUGCUUUUGUGGAAUUCGAAAAUGAAGGACAGGCUGGGGCUGCACGUGAUGCAUUACAGGGAUUCCGAAUUACACCAUCUCAUGCCAUGAAGAUCACUUAUGCCAAGAAGUAAUUUUUAAAGCCAUCAGGGUGAAAAACUGUUCCAACUUGCUUAUUUUGACCUUGAUUGCAGUUUACGUAUCACCAGGGGAGAAAAACAAAAAUUAUGAAGCAAUUAACUACUUUGUGGGCUUCUCUCAACAAUUGCAGUCUAUCAAAAAUUGAAAUGUGGCUUACAAAUGGAAAAUAAUUUUUCUGUAAAUAUUGACUGCUGACAUCUGGGAAUGCAAAGAGACCGUCUCCAAUGUUUUAUACAAUAAAAGUAGGUUUUUCAGUAA